AUGGUGCCACCACCCCCGCCGAUUCAUAGAGCUCGUGGACAUGGCCGCUCAAGAACUUCAUUUCAUACGGACUGUUACGACUCGGAGACAUACAAGAAACACUAUCCACCAGCACCUGACGAUGAGGUCUGGAGAUUGAAAAGUAUCGCAAAGGAUGGACCAUUUUACAAUCGGCUGAUUGCAGAAGGAAUACAUAACGUGGAACAGUUUCUACGACGACUCUACUUGGAUUCUGAGAAACUGAGAAAUAUUCUUGGCACGACAGAGAAGCAGUGGAAAGCCCUCCUAGAUCAUGCAAAAACUUGCACUCCGAAUGGGAAAGUCUAUGUGUACUAUCAAGAUAAUGGAAAUGAUCACGGUGUUAUAUUCAACAGCGUUGGUCAAGUCAGAGGCCUAACUGCGGGCGGGAUGUAUUAUGCUGCCAACAUAUUUUCUCCCGAGCAGAAGGUCUGUGCAGAUAAAUUGGUGAAAAAGGCCUAUGAGAAUUGGAAUGAUGUCUCACCACACGAAGCUGAGGCUUCUUCAAGUUCCAUGUUGGAGAAGAUCUCGUGUUCUUUUCCGCGUGAAGUUGUAGGAGAUCAACAAUACCUCCAUCCAGCUCACAACAAUAUGCCUCCACCGAGACUGGGCGGUCAUGUUAGUUUGAAAGUACCUCCUAGAACUUCAGCAUCCACAGUGGAAGAUGGGUUUUGGGACCAAAAUCUAUUUAGCUGA